AUGCAACAUCACCGUCGACGUCCACCUAUGACACUUUCACCUAUAGCUUUAAAUAAUAAUUCAAAUAGGCCUAUACGCCAAACAAAUCGAAAUAUGCCAUCGACAAUGAGCCAAUGUUUUGGUUGUUCUCAACCAAUGUAUAAUCAAUAUAUAUCAAAUGUUCUUGAUCAUUUAUGGCAUCCGGAAUGUGUUCGAUGUUUUGUAUGUCGAUGUUUACUUAAUGAACAAUGUUAUUCACGUGAAGGAAAACUUUAUUGUAAAGAUGAUUUUAUUAAAAAAUAUAUUCAUCGUUGUUUUGCUUGUCAAAAUCUUAUUAAAUCUGAUGAAUUUAUUCGUCGUAUUCGUACUGAUCGAAUAUAUCAUGCUGAAUGUUUUGUUUGUACAAAAUGUAAACGUACAUUACAAGAUAAUGAUAUAUCAUCAUUACUUAAAUCUGGUGAUACAUCAUUUAAUGAUCUUGAUUGUUUAUGUCAAAUAUGUUCUAAUCCUGAGAAAUCCUCGAAUGAAAAAAUUUUAUUAUCAAAUACAACAGAUGAAAAUAAAAUAAUAGAUAAUGAACUUUCAAAUACAAUCAAUGGAAAGAUAUCACCUUCAUCUGAUACACAAGAACAAAAAUCAUUAACAAUAAAUAAUGAUAUGUCAACACCUAUUGAAAAUCAUAUUAAUGAACAACAAUCAAUGGAAAUUGAUGAACCACCUCCUUCAACAACUAAACCAUUGAUAUCACCUAUAAAAGAACAACCAUCAUCACCAAGUCCAUCAAUUCCUAUUCCACCGAAACCAAAUAGUCGACAAUCAAAAACUCGUCAAAGUACAAGUAGUAAUGGUAGUAAACGUUCACCAGCUAAAGCAAAAGCAACAACAGCAACGUCUCGUCAAAAACAGACAAUUGUAAAUGAAAGAAAAGGUCGUUCACCAGCAACAAGAUCAAAAUCAUCUACUAAUACUACUACUGCUCCUGCUGCAACAUCAUCAACUGUUCAACGACGAUCAAGUAAUCGUCGUACAACGAAAACAACACGUUAUCGUAAACGAAGUUUUUCAAGUGGAAGUGAUGAAGAUGAAACUGACGAUGAAGAAGAAGAUCAGGAUGAUGCUGAUUUUGCUGAAGAGAAUAAUAUACAAGCUGAUGAACAAGAAAAUACUCGUUCACCUGUUGUUAAAACUAAAUCAUCAAAUAAUUCCGAUGAUAAAAAAUCUGAAUCAGAAUCUAAACCAACAGACGCUCCACCACCACCACCACCUCCACCUCCACUACCACCGCCAACAACAACAACAAAUCCAUCACUUAUAUCACAAGCUAAAAUGUCUGAACCAUUAUCAUUACUUAGCGGUCUUGCAGCAAAUCCUAUGUCAAUAUCAUCAAUAAUGAAACCUGAUUUAACACCUAGUUUUAUGCCUCCAAAUUUUAAUCCAGCAUUUCCAACACCUCCACAAUUUUUACCACCUGGUUUUUCUUUACAAUCAAGACUUUCAAUGCCAUCAUCAACAUCAUUAUCUAAUUCACAAAUUCAAUCUACUCUUGUAACUGAUUCAAACUCAGCGAAUGCUUCUGAUACAGAUUCACUUGAUCGUUCAUCAAGUCCAUCACAAAUGGAUAUAUCAACAAAUGUUGAACCAGGUACACCAGCACGUCCUAUAACACCACCAAAAAAUUCACGUCAGACAACAAAAACAACGACUCACAAACCAUCAGCUCUUUCUUCAUUACUUGAAUUUGGUACAUUACCACCAUCAAAUUUAGGUAAUAAUACUUCAACAAAUCCAUUUCCAUUUCCAUUUGUUACACCUGGUCCUGGUGUACCAUUUUCACCACAAGCAGCAGCUGGUAUGGCAACAUUUUAUCGUCCACCAUUUGGUGUACCAUCAGCAAAUAUACCUCUUGAUAUGACUCAAACAAAUUCAAAUUCAUCAAAGAAAAAAUCUGAUAUAACAGAUAAUAAUGAAAUUAUUUCACAAAAUUUACUUGAUGAUUCAUUAACAUCAUCAAUAUCACCAAAAAAAAAGACAACAACUAAAACAAAUUCACGUAAAAAAACAAAAACAAAUGGUACAGAUGGUGAAAAUGGUAUUGAUGAAGAUAAUAUAUCAUCACCACCACCUUCUACAUCAUCACAAACAAAUAAAAAAAAGAAAAAAAGAAAAUCUGAUACAAUAGAUAAUAUUACUACUAAUGAUAAUGAUGAAACAAAAAUUACAAAUGGUAAUACAAAUAAUCAUUCACAUAAUCUUCUUGCUCAAAUGGGUCUUAUAAAUGCUUCAUUUAUGGCACCACCACCAAUUCCACCAUCAUCAACAAAUGGUAAAACAUCAGCAACAAAUUCUCAACAAGCUCAAUUAGCAGCUAUGUAUUCUAUGGCACCACAUUUUGCUGCUUAUAAUGCUUUUCCAGGUGCUUUUAAUCCAGCUUUUGCUGCAGCUGCUUAUGCUAGUGGAUAUCCAAAUCCUUAUGGAUUUCAUCCGGCAUUUGCUGCAUCAUCUACUGGUCAACCAUUUCCAUUUAUGCCACCAACACCUUCUUCAGCUGUACCAUCGCUAAACAAUACAUCAACCAAUGAAGAUAAAUCAUCAUCAUCAUCUAUUGUUGUACCUGAAACACGACCAUCUAAAUCACGAAAGAGAAGUACUACGAAUGGAGAAAAGAAAAAGUCAACAACUCCUCGAUCAAAUAAGAAAAAACCUAUAGAACAAAUUAUAUCUACAGAUGUUCCUAUAUCAACAGAAAAUGAAUCAAUAACAACAAUGUCAUCAACAGAUAUAACUCCACAAAUAUCUACAACACCUGAAUCAAAUAAACGACGAAUGAGUGGUACAGAAAGUGAAGAUUUUGAUGAACAACAACAACAACAACCAUUACAAACAACAAAUGGUAAAUCAGGUAAUGAAUCAGAUGGUUCAAUAGAUGAUGGAGAUCGAUCAUUAAAUACUAUUCCAUCUAUAUCUUCAACAGCAGCUGAAAAAAAAGGUGCUCGUACAACAAUUAAACCACAACAAUUAGAAAUAUUAUGUAAAGCAUUUGAAACAUGUUCAAAACCAAAUAAAACUGAACGUGAACAAUUAGUUGCUGAAACUGGUCUUACACUACGUGUUAUACAAGUUUGGUUUCAAAAUAAACGAUCAAAAGAACGUAAAGGUAAAACAUCAAAAGAAAAAGAAACACCAUUAGAUGAUGAUGAACUUGCUGAUGAUUCUCAAUCAUCACCUCCACCAACAACAUCAGAAUCAACUCCUCCUAUUACUAAUACUGAAGUCUAA